AUGGCUAAGAAAGGGCGUACGAAGGGCGAGAAGCCCGAAGCGCUCAUCUCUGCCCUACAGGCAGCCAAUGAAGAUCUCAGGUCCAAGCUGACUGACAUUCAGAUAGAGCUACACCAAGAAAAAUGCAAGGUGAGCAAGCUGGAGCGCGACAAGGUGCAGGAGGUGAAGCGGGUGCGAGAGCAGGAGCAGCACCGUCACACUGCCAUGUUAACGGAGCAGCGGGCCAAGUGGCACGAGGAAAAGCAAAAAGAGCUCCAGGCUCUCAGGGAAAACCUGACACGGCAGCACGAGCAGGAGCUGGCCCGCCACGCCAAAAUCAAAGACCAAGAGAACCAGAGGCUGAAAGCAGCGCUGAGCGCCAUGCGAGACGGCAGCGGAGAGAAGGUGCGCACAGCUCUUACCCUGGAAGCCAAGGAGGAGGCACGGCGCUUCUUUGACCAGGAGAGAGUGAAGCUCCUGCAGGAGAUAGCAGAGCUGAAGAGCACCAAGAAGCAGACCGACGAGGCUCUCAGCAACAUGAUCCAAGCCGACAAGAUGAAGGCUGGAGACCUGCGGGUGGAGCACCAGCAGCACCAGGAGCAGAUCUCCAAGAUUAAGUGGGACUGUGAGAGGGACAUCCGCAGACUGGUGGAUGAAAUCAAAUCUAAAGACCGGACCAUUUUUGCUCUGGAGAAGGAGCUAGAGUCCACGGCGGGUUUCUUACAGAAGCUGCAGCUUCAGAAGGACGCGCUGGAUGAACAACUGUUCCUCGUCAAGGAGGCUGAGUGCGGCCUGGGAAGCCCGAAACGAGAGAUUCCUGGCAGAGCUGGAGAUGGCGCAGAGCAUUGUGGCAGCCCAGACCUGAGGAGAAACCAGAGACGCGUAGCUGAACUCAACUCAACCAUACGCAAACUGGAGGACCGCAACUCGCUGCUGGUCGAUGAGAGAAAUGAAUUGCUGAAGCGAGUUCGAGAGUCGGAGAAACAGUGCAAGCCCCUGUUGGACAAGAACAAGCUGCUGACUAAGAGGAAUGACGAUUUGACCCAGACUAUCCAGAAGCUGGAGGAGAAACUGAAGAGCCUGGCGAAGGAGAACCUUGAGAUGAAGGAGAGGAUAAGCUCCCAUCCUCCACUGAAGAAGCUGAAGUCACUGAAUGACCUGGACCAAGCCCAUGAUGACCAGGAAAUAGCCUUUCUCAAACUUCAAGUCCUGGAGCAACAGAGCAUGAUAGAUGAACUGACAAGAGACCGAGAAAAACUACUGAGAAAGAAAAGGCAUAAAAGAAGUUCGAGGCCAAUAAAGCGGCCCAUCGUAGUUGACACCUUCUUUGGGUAUGAUGAAGAGUCUAUGGACUCUGAGACGUCUUCAGUGGCUUCAUUCCGAAUGGACAGAACCCCUGCCACUCCUGAUGAAGACCUUGAUGAGGGUUUAGCAAAUGAGGAAUCGGAGCUACGUUUCCGUCAGCUGACCAGGGAAUAUCAGGCCUUACAGCGAGCCUAUGCCCUGCUGCAGGAACAGAAAGGAGGCAUACUGGAUGCUGAGAUGGAAGCCAAGGCUCAAGAGCAGCUUCAAGCAGACGUUCUCAGGUAUAAAGCCAAAAUAGAGGACUUGGAGAAGGAACUAACCCUGAAGGGACAGGACUCCAAAUGGGUCGAGGAGAAGCAGCUGUUCCUACGAAGGAAUCAGGAGUUACUAGAGAAGGUGGAUAAGUUGGAGUCUGACAACAGUCGUCUGCAGCAGGAACUUCAAGACUCCAGAGACCAAAAUGAACUGUUAGAGUUUAGGAUACUGGAGCUUGAGGAGCGUGAGAGGAGGUCGCCUCCAUUCAACCAUCUGAGGAUGCAUCCCUUCUCAGAGGGAGUCAGUGCACUGCAGAUCUACUGUAUGAAGGAAGGGGUCAAGGACGUGUGCAUACCAGAUCUCAUCAAGCUGCUAGAUAUCCUCGGAGAUAACGGGAACUUAAGGAAUGAGGAGCAAGUGGCCAUAAUUCAGGCUAGCACUGUUUUGUCACUAGCAGAAAAGUGGAUUCAACAGAUUGAAGGGACCGAAGCAGCGCUGCACCAGAAGAUGAUGGACCUGGAGAUAGAGAUGGAGAUGUUCUGUAAACAGAAAGGAUACCUAGAAGAAGAGCUGGACUACAGAAAACAGGCCCUGGACCAGGCCUACAUGCAAAUCCAGGAGUUGGAAGCAACCCUGUACAACGCCCUGCAGCAGGACAAGGUGAUAAAGUACGGCGAGCCUCUGGAUGAGCUUCAGAGGGACGAGCUGCGAACGGCGGUGGAGAAGCUAAGGAGGCAGAUGCUGAGGAAGAGUCGCGAGUACGACUGCCAGAUCCUCCAGGAGAGGAUGGAGCUGCUGCACCAGGCCCACCAGAGAAUUCGUGACCUUGAAGACAAGACAGAAAUCCAGAGGAGGCAGAUCAAAGACCUGGAGGAAAAGUUUCUGUUUCUAUUCCUAUUCUUUUCUCUUGCCUUUAUCCUUUGGCCUUGA